AUGCAAUUACAGCGGGGCCUCGCGGUCGAUCCGAAUGGUGAUCCGAUGGCCAUGACCGAAGACGGGUUCCACUGCGCGUACCUUCGCUUACAUGCUGAUCUUUUCCAAGGCUCCAUCGAGACGCAGAAGGCUGCGCUCAAUGCCGCUUUGCCACAAGAGAUCGAGAUCCUGGGCGCCAAGUACGGCUUGCGACACGAAUUUGAGACGCACUACUGCGCGGUGUGCGAUCGCGCCGGACACCAGUGGGGCGCUUGCAGGAAGCCAGUUUCGACUCCGGCCACCGCCGCCCCUGUUCCGGGGGCCUCGACCUCGACUUCGACUUCGACCACCGGCUUCCGAGUUGCUGGAAAGAAUGGGAAGCACGGUGGGCCUGCCGCAUUGAACUCUCGUGUCUCUGGCGCAAACAUGAUCCAGCUGGACCUCGUGCUAACCCCGCAGGUGCAGUAACUGCCAACAAGGACGACGCGAACGACGGCGACGACGAGUCGGUCGUUUCGACCGAACCGGAGGGCGGCGACACUGGGGAAGAGACGUCGACGCGUGCGACCCUGGGCUCAACAAAGGAGACGUAGACGACGACGGCGGCACCCGUUUCGACCCCGACCUCUCCUUCGCCUUUGUCCGGUGGCACGUCGGGAUCAUCGGCAACCUCGACAACCUCGAUAGCCUCGACGAGUCCUCAACGCCUUCGUUCGAGCUCGGCACCCAGCAACCGACAUGUCACCCGGGCGGGAUCCGCCAUGAUCCUCGGUGCAUCAGGGGUCACAGGUCCAAGGUGACCGAAUUCGAGGGGGGCGGCGCUGAACUGAUUUAAUCAUGAUUGAGUCACUCACCGUGUUGACGUUCAACGUCCGAUCGAUGAAGAACGCAGUCAACCAAGUCAAAAUCAUCCGUUAUCUCAAAACCCUUCGGCCGGCCCCUGCGGCCAUCCUCCUGCAAGAGCACCACCUCAGCUACAACGCGUCGCGCAAAGGCUUCGAGAGUGCUUGGCCGGGGCUUGUAUUCGUUUCACUCCUCAUGUCCUUACCCUCAUACCCGAUGGCUCACCUUUGGCGGGCCAUCUCCUUUCCUCUACCCCGGUCGUCUUUGCAGGAGCUCCUCGUUUCGACGGUCGGAUUCUGCGCUCGGUGUUUCGUCUUGAGGAGCUCGAUGUCGAGAUCAUCAACAUGUACGCGCCGGUGCAGGAGGACGAUCGUCGCGACUUUUUCGGGCUUCUGCACUUCAGCGCCCCGAGACCCAAGAUUCUUCGGAUCUUGGCCAGCGAUCUCAACGAUUGUCCGGAUGUAUUGGUCGACCGAGUGUCCAUCACCGAUCGCGCUUGGACUCCUGUAUCGCACUGGCAGACCUUGCUGUCAAAGAUCGCGUUCAAGGCACUCGACACGGUCCGACAUGUCCAUUCUUGCACCCCUGCAUUCACUCGUCCUCACUACCGUGGUAGAGGGGAAGAGCGAAAGAUUUGCUCGUGGUCGCGGAUUGACUAUAUUCUUGUCCAAUGCAGUUGGGCGAACCGGUUGUUGAGCGCUUCUACGCUCUUCGAUGCGCCCUGUUCGGACCACAGACCUGUAGUUGCGACUUUCGCUUUGCCUACAUCGAACGCUGAUGCCGAACCCCCCCUUUCUCUUCCCUCCACGAGCGAUUUCAUUUCAAGGCUCAACCCAAUGGUCUUUGACGAUCAAGACUUUGUCGCAUCGAUUCCCGGGGUCGUCGACGAGGUCUAUCGAAGGCUCGAGGGGACCGCUCCACUUGGCGAUGUCUAUGACGCCGCUCUGCGGGCGGUUGCAGUCGCUGGCCAUGCACGAUACCGCUCGACUUGUGCCGAGAGCCAAUCCGUCAUGGAGGCUUUGGAGGCACGCGGUGAGCACGUGAAUUGUGAAGAGUCCACUCUCAGCUCGACAGGGGCGCCUCGGUCGUUGCGCGCACUUGCUAGCCGCCCCCCGGCGGUGGGGACUUAG